AUGGAUGCGGCAGACUAUCGCAACAAAAAGCACACGGAGGACGUGAAUGCCGCCAACAAUUGGAGCACUCCCCCCCCUCCACCAACCGGGGAUAAAGCCCAACCGAUCGCCCCCCUGCCAAUAUUACCCAGCCCUGAUAGCGACUAUAUCAAGCCUCGCUGGGAGGAGCUUAAACAUGGGCGCUCUGCCCAUUUAGAAAACCGAGACUCGACAGAGAUUGCUCGAAACGGCUCGAGAGAUCGCGACCCAGAGGAGAAUCCCUUUGACGCGAUAGACUAUGCCGAUCCUCAACGAGAGUCCAGUGACACUCAAAUGCUCAAGGCAAAUUCCAGUUGGCUGCAACGGCGGUCCUCUGAAGAAACUUCUGACGCCGAUAUAGAAUAUGCCAUGGCGGUCCGGUCAAUGACCAAUGAUUCCAUGGAACAACAACGCAAUCGAAGCAAAUCAAUAGGUAUUGCCAAGUGA